AUGGGCCUUAUUAUCAAUGGUGAAAAGUAUGCGCUUUUUCAUAAGGUCGCUAAAAGCUUACUUGAGCGGAACAUCAGGUUAUCUCUUCUAAAAAAGAGACAAAUGGUUUGCAAGGUUCCCUCUGCAGGGAUCACACGACAUGAGGUUGAUGUUGCGACAGGAGGAAAAUAUAUGGGUAUCAUGGUCCUCUGGCUGAAGACAUGGUGGACAAACUGCAAUCCUCAAUUAAUCUGCGGAUGGUAUUGUGACACGGUGGAGGCCCUUGGAGUUGUCAGUAAUGCUGCUGUUGACACAGAGCAAUCCGGGUACAGAGAACAACAGUAUUGCAAACAGGCAUACCAUGCUAUGUCACCUACAAGGCCCCAGCCUAGCAAGGACACUACAACAUGCGUUUGGGGCUCUCAUCGAAACAUCAAACCCGAAAUAUUUUGGAAUCAACUUUGUCAAUAUUGGAGCCCAGGCUUCGAAACACUUCUGCAACAAGGCCUCGACAAUGGAUGGUACAAUCCUGAUAUCACCUUGCAUCGACUAGUUUUUCAUUACAUCUUUAUUCCAUGGCUUAAAAUGGAGCUAGAUCUCUUCAUAUCCAGAUUCAACCGCACUGCACCUUGGCAUAACCCAAUAAAAAUAUUACCACACGGGCGUCCCAUUAACAUUUUUACAAAACUUGACCAGUUCAAGUCUUGUGAUUUUGCAAUUAAGUUACAUCCACCUUACCUCAAAGAGGUAUGCCUCAAGUACGCCCCUCCGGACCACUUUGUUUUCAACCUUGUACCCCCUGCAUUUGCUACCGAGGCCCAUGCCUUCCUUCAACGCUCAGGAUCGCCUGUUGUUAAUUGCAAUAACGCAUGGGUUAUCUUUCACAACACGCUAGCUUACUUUGAAUCCAUAGUGAAUGAUGAUCCCGAGCUUCAAACAGCUAUUGCUUCCCACCCUGAAGUUCUGGUGGAUGGGUUGGUGGGCAUAAAAUACAUGCCAGUGGUCAAUAUGCCGCCUUACCCCACACAAAGUGAUAGUGGAUCUGAGGUGGUGUAUUUGUCGGAUGAGGGUGGCUCUGAUUUUGAAAAUAGUUGGACCGAUGAUAGCGAGUCGCCCGAUCAUUGA